AUGGAGGGACAGACAUCAGGACACGUGGACGGAGAGAAGGAGAGCUAUGAGUUGGGGCCCCGGGGCAAGGCCCCGCCCCCGGCGCCAAAGGGGCGUGGCCGCCGCAAGCAGGAGAAGCUGGAGGACAUGAAGAAGGAGAUGGAUGUGGAUGACCACAAGCUCGACGUGAACGACCUGGAGGUCAAGUACAGCACCAGCAUCACCAAGGGCCUGGUGGAGGCGGUGGCAGCCGAGCGGCUGCUGCGGGAUGGUCCCAACGAGCUCCGCCCCCCCAAGGGGACCCCCGAAUGCGUCAAGUUUGGGCGGCAGUUGGCCGGGGGUCUCCAGUGCCUGAUGUGGGUGGCGGCGGCCAUUUGCCUCAUCGCCUACGGCGUGCAGGAGGGGGAGGGUGACCGCGGCAGCUCCGACAACCUGUACCUCGCCAUCGCCCUCAUCGCUGUCGUCGUCGUCACCGGUUGCUUCGGCUACUACCAGGAGUUCAAGAGCACCAACAUCAUCGCCAGCUUCAAGAACCUCGUCCCUCAGCAAGCCACGGUGAUCCGGGAAGGGGACAAGCUGCAGAUCAACGCCAACGAGUUGGUGGUGGGUGACCUGGUGGAGAUCAAAGGAGGGGACCGGGUUCCCGCAGACAUCCGCAUCAUCUCAGCUCAGGGUUGCAAGGUGGACAACUCGUCGUUGACGGGGGAGUCGGAACCCCAGACGCGGUCACCCGAGUGCACCCACGACUCACCCUUGGAGACCCGCAACAUCGCCUUCUUCUCCACCAUGUGCCUAGAAGGGACAGCCAUGGGGUUGGUCAUCAACACGGGCGACCGGACCAUCAUCGGGCGCAUCGCCAGCUUGGCCUCGGGGGUAGAGAACGAGAAGACGCCCAUCGCCAUCGAGAUCGAGCACUUUGUUGACAUCAUCGCCGGCCUCGCCAUCUUCUUCGGCGCCACCUUCUUCGUGGUGGCCAUGGUCAUCGGCUACCCCUUCCUCCGUGCCAUGGUCUUCUUCAUGGCCAUCGUCGUGGCCUACGUCCCCGAGGGGCUGCUGGCCACUGUCACGGUUUGCCUCUCGUUGACGGCGAAGCGUCUGGCGCGGAAGAACUGCGUGGUGAAGAACCUGGAAGCGGUGGAGACGUUGGGUUCCACCUCGGUCAUCUGCUCCGACAAGACGGGGACCCUCACCCAAAACCGGAUGACGGUGGCGCACCUCUGGUUCGACAACCAGAUCCAUACGGCCGACACCACCGAGGACCAAUCGGGUCAGAGCUUCGACCAAUCGUCGGAGACGUGGACCAUGCUGAGCCGCGUGGUCACCCUCUGCAAUAGGGCCCAGUUCAAGCCGGGACAAGACAACAUCCCCGUGGCCAAGCGUGAUGUCAUCGGCGACGCUUCGGAGACGGCGCUGCUGAAGUUCGCGGAGGUGACGGUGGGGACGGUGGCGGAGGCGCGGGGACGGUUCCCCAAGGUGGCCGAGCUGCCCUUCAACUCCACCAACAAGUUCCAGCUGUCGGUCCACGAGGUGGGAGAACGGCAGCUCCUGGUGCUGAAAGGUGCUCCCGAGCGGGUGCUGGAACGGUGCAGCACGGUGCUGCUGAAGGGACAGGAGCUGGCCCUGGACGCCCAAUGGCGGGAGGCCUUCGAGGGGGCCUACGCCGAGCUGGGGGGGCGUGGGGAGAGGGUGUUGGGAUUCUGCGCCCGCUGGCUGCCGGCGGGGACGGUGGCAGCGGGGACGGACCCCGAGGCGCUGCCGGAGGUGGCCGUGGGUCUCUGCUUCGCCGGUUUGGUGUCCAUGAUCGACCCACCCAGGGCCACCGUCCCCCAGGCCGUGCUCAAGUGUCGCACGGCUGGUAUCAGG